AUGGGGGUCGACGAACACCCGACCGAGAGCUCGACGACGGAGGUGCCGCCGAGGUCGUUCACGAUGUGCUUGAACCCAGGACGGUCCUUCGUGUACAAGGCGCACCUGGCUCUGCAUAUCGCGUCUGGCACGGAGAAUGCGACAAACGCACCACAUCAUCGAACGCUGUGCUGGCUGCUCGAGGACGGCACACUCACGUGGACAACUUGCAACGAGUCCGUCGCAACUGUUCACUGCCGCGAUGCGUCGAUUGAUGCAUCCGAUUUCCUCAACGAACGCUUCUUCAUCACAACGAUGACGGAUGAAACGUACACGUGCUAUUCCAAGUCGCGGCUCGAGCGCGAUGCGUGGAUGCACGCGCUCAUGGCCACAUUGAACAACAACGCUCCCAAAUCUCCUACUCACGAUGACUCGGCCGGAAACGCGGAUCGCUUUGCUGCGUGCGCUGCCGCCGUCUGCGAUACACUGACAGCGUGGGCAUCGGUCCUGACGGACCUCAUCGAGUCACCCUACGGAAUGUGGAAAGAGACGCGCCAUUGGCGGCGGUUUGGAGUCGCAGAACGGCGGCCCUACAUGGAAUUGCAAGCAAAAAUGAACUCGACGGUCGAAGUGGACGGACUGAGCCUUGUCAUGGGGCUAUUUGUGUACCACCAGAAUCCCAUGAUGAUCGUAACCAUUCUGUGCCAAUUGGCCCGACUCAUGGACACUUGUCCGAGCCAAAUCGAGAUGUACUGGCCUCAGAUUCUGCAUUGGGGCAUCACCUUCUACUCAACGUCCCAGUCGGUCAACAUGCAGCUCUUUUACCUCGCCUUCGUCGCGGGGGUGUGCCGGCGGUCCCUUCCUCUAGCAAUCAAGUCGUCGUGGGAAUGCGACGCCGCCAAAGUCGGCGCAUUGGCUGACCCGAGUCGGUACGCUGCCAUUUCGCUUAUUCAAUGCUACACGAGCAUGCUCAGCGUCACGGACAACAACACAGUGACGUCCGACAUGGUCGACACGUUGUUUCAACGAAGCAGCCUCGAACCCGAGACAUCGAAAGCCCGGCAACUCCUGCUACAGUCGCUCUUCACCGCGACGUCCUCACUGCUUUGCAACCACCCAACUUCGAGCCCGGCCGUCACCAGCGUGUUCGGGCAAUGGCUGGGCGCGACCACCGCCGAGGCCAUCGACACGGUGCGCGAUGCUUGGCUCGUGCUUUCAACGUUCGUGGAUCCGUUGCCAGCCCCCACCCAUCGAGUUCCGCCGUCGACAAACGCCGAAAGCCUGCGCGGGCGCAUGGUCAAUGCCGACGACAUGCUCGAGUGGCUCCAAGAGUUGCAGAUGGAGACGGAUCGCGGGUCUGCACAAUCCCACGCGGCCCCCCUCGUCGUGUUUCGAGACACAAUGCACAUCGUCAACUCGUUGAUUGUGGCCAGUCAGAACUUUAAACUCCAGUUGGAUAACCCGCGGGACCGGAAGAAGCACCUCCCGGCCGUCCUCGAGCGGCUGCGCGCGACCAUGCCGGCCCACGCCAUGCUGCCCCUCGACGACCCGUGCUGGAUCACGGACGUCAUCGUGAACGAAGGCACGGUCUUCUCGACCAAAGCUAGAGCUCCCACGAUGGUCUGGUUCGAAGCGGUGCACGUUGCGCCAUCGAGUGACGCUCGGGCGCCAGUGGUUGCGCUCAGCCCUGUCGUGUAUUUAUCCGACGUCCUUCUCGCAGACAUCCUGUCCCCGAUCGCCACGACGAUGGCCCGCACGUCGUCCCGCGACGUGUCGAUGACGGAAACCAACAUGUCCGUCCUCGAUUCGUGUGCGAUGCACGGCGCGGACGACGCGUCGAUCGUGACCGCGAUGCAGUCGUUUGCCGACAAGAAGCGCCGCAUCCGCACCAGUCGCGCGAAUCAUGCAAACUUGCCACCAGGAUGGGACGUGGUGCCCGUCAUCGCCAAGAGCUUCGACGACAUGCGGCAGGAAGUGUUUGUGAUGCAGCUCAUGCAUGUCUUCACCGACAUCUUUCGAUGUGAAGGGGUCGGCGACCAGCUCUGGCUUCGCCCGUACUCGAUCAUGUGCUGCGGCGACGAUUGCGGCCUCAUGGAGGUCCUCACCGAUUCCAUGUCGAUCUCGGAUGCAAAGAAGCAGUUUCUCGCGGCGGCCCCGCCAGGGUGUGCGUCGGUAUCCCUCGUCGAUGUUUUCGUCCAGCGAUACGGCGACCCCGACUCGACCACGUUUGCGGCUGCGCGCAGGAACUUUACGCGGAGCCUCGCGGCGUACAGCUUGUUUUGCUACGUCCUCCAGAUCAAGGAUCGCCAUAAUGGGAACGUCAUGCUCCACGCGGAAGGCUUCGUCAUGCACAUCGACUUUGGGUUUUGCUUUGGCACGGCCCCAGGCGGAGCUUUCAGCAUCGAAGGCGCCCCAUUCAAGCUCACGGACGACAUGAUCGCGGUCAUGGGCACGUCCGGCAUGGCCACUUUCCAGGCGCACGUGGCGGAAGGGCUGGUCGCGCUGCGCCGGCAUGCAACCCGAAUCAUGUCCCUCGUCCGCAUGACGUCGCUGCAAUCUCCAUUCCCAUGCUUCCAAGGAGACAACGCCGUCGUGUGCAGACGCCUGAUGGACCGGCUGUGUGUCGAUGUCGCUGACGAGGAUGUCGUGAAGCAGCAUGCCGUCGCGCUGAUAGCGCGCAGUGCCGGCAGCGUUCGCACUAAAUUAUACGACCAGUUUCAGUAUCGCAGCAACGGGUACAUGGUGUAA